AUGGCCUUCUUCCCACGCAACCUCUACACCACCCCCAACGACUCCUCCUUCACUCCUCUCUUCCGCCUUCUUGACGACUUCGACAGCUACAGCCGUCAAAACGCCAACGAUGGCAGCCACCCUUCUCGACCUCGCUCGCAGCUCGCUCCCUUUGCACCCAAGUUUGACAUUCGCGAGACUGCCGAAGCGUACGAGCUCCAUGGCGAACUCCCCGGCAUGACCAAGCAAAAUGUCAACAUCGAGUUCACAGACCCCCAGAACAUGCUCAUCCGCGGCAAGGUUGAGCGCACCUACACUGCCGGCACCUCGCCCACUGGCACACCUGCCGUGGAGAACAAGCCCGACCAGAAGACCAUUUCUAGCGGUACCGAGUCGCCCAAGUCGCACAAGGCUACUGUCGAGGACGCUGGACAGGAGGAGGACGGCUUCACUUCCGUCGAUCAGUCUGAUGCGGGCCACACCGGAGAGUCCCGGGCUGUCCAGAAGUCAGCCACGACCCAGCCCGACCGCGCCAAGUACUGGCUGUCUGAGCGCAGCAUUGGCGAGUUCUCGCGCACCUUCAACUUCCCCGCGCGCGUGGACCAGGACGGCGUCACCGCUAACCUCAGCGACGGCAUCCUGAACAUCACGGUGCCCAAGGCCAAGAAGCACGAGGCGCGCCGCAUUGCUAUUCAGUAA